AUUUUGACAAACCCACACAGACAAACUCAGAUAGAGAGAAGAGGGAGAGAGAUGGGGAAGCUGAACCAUGAUCAAACCAUCCAACACUUCAGCCACCCUCAUCUUCUACAGCUAUGCAACCUCGAUCAACAACAACUUCUUGCUCAGCAGAUCACAGCACCAUGUUCAGGAUGUAAGCUCCAACCAUAUGGUUUUAUGUACACAUGCGGAUCUUGCAACUUCAACCUCCACCUCUCUUGCACACAAUUCCCACAGCUCAUCACCCACCCCUCCCAUCCCAAUCAUACACUCUCUCUCCUCCCAAUCCCUCUCUAUCCGGGUGGCCAUUUCAAUUGCGAUGCUUGUAACCAUACCGGAAACGGAUUCAGCUACCACUGCACCCCUUGCGAUUUCGAUCUCCAUGUCCUCUGUGCUUCAAAGCCACUCACCAUUGCCCACCAAUCCCAUCGUCACCACCCCCUUGAACUAACCUUCAAUCCUCCUUAUGAAAGCAAAGCUUUUUCUUGCGAUAUAUGCCACAGAAUAGGGUCUAAACAAUGGCUCUACCGUUGCAGCGCCUGCGAGUUUGAUGUCCAUUUGGACUGUGCAGCAGCUAUGCCCAAACCAAUAUUAUUGGGUCAACCACAGCCACAGCAGUUGCUACAGAACCAACAUUCGUUUCCGGUGACGGGGACUAAUAGUCGAUCCCAGGCUCUGGUGACUGGCGGUGGCAAUGGUAAUGUACCUUUAGGACCAGGUUAUUAUAUGCACAGUGCAAGUACUGGGUCUUUGCAGAUGUAUCAACAACCUCCUCCCACACAUGAACCUGGGAAUUCCUUAAUGAAUGUGGCAGUUCAAGGAUUUAAUGACGGUGCUGCACAGCAAGUGGGACAAAAUGUCGUGCAAAGUAUGAUGGGUGGUGGCAAUGACGGUGGCAGUGGUGGUGGCGGAACUGGCGAUUUGUCUUCAGCAUCUAUCUUUAAUGUUGGAUCUUCAAUUCUGGGCAGCAUAUUUGGAGACUCAAACACACAAAACUAGGAGUUCAGUUGAGCUUCAAAGUUCCUUAGUCUGUAAUAGGAUUUCUGUUUACUGUUGUAUUGCCUGCAUUUAUACGUGCAUAAAAAGUAUGAGUAAUGUUAUUUAAAAUGAAC